AUGCCGUCUCGAAAACGCGCCGCCGACGAAAUGGACGUCGAGCCUGAUGGCCAGCAGCCGAGCACCCUGCAGCGCCUGCGCAACAUGUGGCAGUUUGCCAAUCUGGCCCAGUACAUCAGCCUGUUUGGCGACGCCGUCAAGAUCGAAAAGGACUUUGACAUGGAGGAACUCGAGUCGGAGUGUCUCAAGCCGCAAUCCUCGGAGAAACUCGCUCACAUUGGCCUGGCGCUGCUCAAGCACGUGUCCUCCCACAAGGGCCUUACACUCGAUAUUUUCGAUGAAUACGCCCGCCGACAGUAUGUUGCGAAAGCGCCUGCCCGAAACCCCUUUGGCGAGGCCGAGGAGCCCCUCAAAUUCAACGACUUUGACGUCUUCACAAAGAUACGCGUGCUGCAGCAAUUAUCCCUGUGGACGCUCAACAACCCAAACUCGAUAAGAGAGAGGAUGGCUGCGACAGACAACGAGCAGACGCUCUGGCGCAUGGAGCCAACAGGCUGGGACUCGCAGGAGAGGACAAUCUACGUGCUCGACGACAACCGCCUGUACCGAAUGACAGAUCCGCCUCCUCCCCAACCGCCCAAGACCAAAUCCAAGCCCAAGCCAAACAAGUCGAGAGGCUCACGAUCCAGCAAGCGGCAGAAGAUGGCCACGCCUGAGCCUGACGACGACGCCGAAGAAGAGCAAGUCGCAAGCGAACAACCCCAAGACAUGGAUGACGGCCUCGGGGGCAGAACAUGGGAAUGCGUGUGCGUUACACUGGAAGAUUAUCACGAGUACGUCAACAGCAUCCGCAAGAGUCGCGAUCCAAACGAAAAAAUACUGUGCAAACGGCUGCAAGAGGACGUUCUCCCAGUCAUGGAAAGUUUAGCCGAAGAGCAGGCCAAGAAGCAGGCUCGCAAGAUGAAGGAACUGGAAAACAUGCAGAAACUCGCCAUGGCGAAACGCUCGUCGCGGAUAUCGUCGCGUCUCGAGAAGCAAAAGGAGAUGGAGGAGGCCGAGGCAGCAGAGCGAAAGAGACAGGAGGAGUUGGCCAUGGCCAAGGCGGAGCAGGAGAGGCAGAAGAAGCUCGAGGAAGCACACGAUUCCCGCAGAAUGACACGCGAGCAGCGGCUCAAGGAGCGAGAGACGGCUAAAAUUCUCAAGGAAGAGGAACUGCGCAAACUACAGGAGAACGAGCAGAAGCUGGCUUCAAACAGCGCAAGGUUAUCCGAGCGGCACCUCAAGGCCAUGAUGAAGAAGCAUGAGAGCGAUCUCAAGAAGCUCAACGAAGAAGAGGAUUGGUUCUUUGACUGUGAAAAGUGCGGCAAGUACGGUUCAAACCUGAACGACGACACGCCCCAAAUAUCGUGCGAAAAGUGCAAUGUCUGGCAGCAUAUGAAGUGCCACGAAAUCGCCGAGGAGCAGGCCGAGAAUCCCAAGUUUGUCUUUGUCUGUACAUCGUGCAAACGCAAGCAGGCAGAAGCAGAGCAGCCAAAACCUUCUCUCAAGUUGCGCCUCACAUCACAAUCGCCAGCCUCCAACGGCCAGGUACAAGCAAACGGUGCUGCAUCCCCCGGCCUCAACUCGAUCCAAAUACCGGCUCCACAACAAUCUGCUCCACAGGCCUACCAACCAAACAUGCACGCUGCACAGCCCUGGGUAGACGGCCCAAGCCUAUCCCCACGAGGUCAAGCCCUUGGACCGCCUGGCAUUCAAAGAUCCGAGGCAGCCUACGGAUCGCCCACCCAGGGUGCCAACGGCAGCAUGUCUUCGCCAAUACGGUCUCGCGCCUCUCCUGCAUCGUCACCUCCCCCCUACAAUCUCCAACGGAUACCCAGCAGUCCCACAAAGGGCUCUCCACACGUGACACAUGGCCAGCAAAACGGCAACUCAUUCAGCGGCUCCAAUCCCUUUAGCUCCAACCCCUUUGGCCCCUCACAGCCCGCACCCUACGCCCGCAGCUUCAGCCGUCCCACCUCCGCAGCAGGCCCAGGCGGCUCCCCAAUCAAACACUCGCCCGCCGCCUCGCCCCGGCCCUCCAACGGCCUCCCCCCAAGCUUCAACUUCAACAGCCCACACUCGUCCUUUCCCCCUUCCUCCGCCCACCGCCCCUCCUUCUCCCCAAUAAAACACAGCUCCCCCGCACCCCUCCCAGCAACAAUGUCCUCGCCGGCCCCCGCACCCCUCCGCAUCGCCCCUUCGCCCUCAUCCCAAAUGCCCGCCCAAAUGCUGCCCGACCCCAUCCCCGCGCCCUCGAAACACGAUGACAUACGACGACCGCUUUCCAUGCACUCGUCCUCGCGUCACCACCACAACAUGUCCGACACGCCUGUUUUCCCGCCCAUCAAGAGCCUGGAACCCCCGCUAUCCAGCCCUACCAUUCUCGAUCCUCCAGUCAAGAAAUCGAGUCCCGCGCCCGAUCGAUUUCGUGGUGCUGUGAAUAAGCAUACUGAGAGUAGCAAGAUUGUACUGGGUCGUGUGGAGUAG